GUUGUCUUUUCAGACAUGCUGAGGACGGCCCUACUGUGCGCCACGCUCGCACUCCUGCGGGCCCAGCCCUUCCCCUGCCCACCGGCUUGCAAGUGUGUCUUCCGGGAUGCUGUGCGCUGCUCCGGGGGCAGCGUGGCCAGCAUCUUGGCGCUCGGUCUGCCCACCAACCUCACACACAUCCUGCUCUACCGCAUGGACCGCGGCAUCUUGCAGAAUCACAGUUUCACCGGCAUGACGGUCCUGCAGCGCCUGAUUCUCUCCGACAGUCACAUUUUGGCUAUUGCCCCUGGCACCUUCAAUGACCUGAUAAAACUCAAAACCCUGAGGUUGUCACGCAACAAAAUCACUCAUCUCCCGAGCGCGCUGCUGGAUCAGAUGGUGCUCCUGGAACAGUUGUUUUUGGACCACAAUGCACUACGCAGCGUUGACCCAGACAUGUUUCAGAAGCUGGUUAACCUGCAGGAGCUAUUCCUGAACGGGAAUCAACUAGUUUUCCUCCCCGCUAAUCUCUUCGAGCGUCUGGGGGACCUGAAAGUGUUGGAUUUGUCGGGGAACAAUUUGACCCACCUGCCCAAGGGGCUGCUGGGGUCACAGGUUCGGCUUCAGAAACUUCUGCUGUCCUCGAACCAGCUCACGGCCCUGGACGCGGGGCUGCUGGACCGCCUGGGCGCCCUGCGGGAGCUACAGCUCCACUCGAAUCGCAUCCACUCCAUCGCCCCCGGGGCUUUCGACCGGCUGGGCCACCUGAGCGCUUUGACCUUGUCCCGAAACCGCCUGGUGCUUCUGCCCCCCGCCCUCUUUCUCCACGUGCACAAUGUCACUCUCCUGACCCUCUUCGAGAACCCGCUGGAAGAGCUCCCCCCGGUGCUCUUUGGGGAGCUGCCGGGCCUGCGGGAGCUGUGGCUCAACGGCACCCAGCUACGCACCCUGCCCGACGCCGCCUUCCGCAACCUGAGCGGCCUGGAGGCCUUGGACCUGAGCCUGAGCCCGCGCCUGAGCGCGCUGCCCGCGGGGCUGCUGCAGGGCCUCGGGCGGCUGCGCGAGCUCUCGCUGCGCCACAACCGGCUGCGGAGCCUGCCCGGCGCGCUCCUCCACAACCUCAGCAGCCUGGAGCGCGUGCAGCUCGACCACAACGAGCUGCAGACCCUGCCCGGCGACGUGUUCGGGGCCCUGCCCCGGCUCGCCGAGCUCUGGCUGGGGCACAAUCCCUGGCGCUGCGACUGCGGCCUGCAGCCCUUCCUGGGCUGGCUGCGGCCGCGCGGGCACCUCCUGCGCCCGGCCGCCGAUCCCCCGCAGUGCCGCGGCCCGGGCCGCCUCGCCGGCCGGCCCCUAAAUGCCCUGCUGGAGAGCGACGCGGGCUGCCCGGACCCCCGGGGGCCGCGCCCCCACCCGCCCACGGAGCACUCCCUGCCCGCCGCCCUCCCGGCCUGGGGGCCCAACAGCUCGGAGCCCUGGGCGUGGGCGCAGCUGGUGGCCAGGAGCGAACGCGAGGACCACAGCCUGUUUUGGGGUCUUUAUUUUCUGCUUUUAGUCGCUCAGGCCGUCAUCACUGCCAUCAUUGUGUUUGCCAUGAUUAAAAUCGGCCGGCUCUUUAAAAAAUUAAUCACAGAGCGGGCGCUCUUUUGA